AUGAGCGAGGAGCCGCGAGGAGUUAUCCCGGCGCCCAGGCGCGAGUCUAGUGAUUUCAGCAUCGAGAGGAUCCUUUCCAAGGAUACCACGCCAUCCUCGUCAUCGUCGACAUCCGCAACCGCAGUCAAAAGAUCCUUUCCAUCGUUAAGUCCAGCUUGCACGAGCGUUGUCGAUCAGGAUCUUCUGACUCAGCAUCCUUCCGGCUCCUUUGGCGUCCGGAACAAGCUUGAUUGGCUCAGGAACUUUUGUGACCUUCAGUCAAGUAGAGCGCGACUACAAGCUGAUAAAUCCAAGACGGAUGCAAAUAUUAACAGAAUACCGUACACUGCAAACAUUAUCGAUUUGUCUCCAAGUUUUUUACUAUUAACUGUAAUUAUAAAAAUAAUAGAAAGCAGCAUUUUUUGUCAUAAUAAUUGCCGAAAAUUCUUGAAACUAAAAGUUAUUUACUUUUGUCGUGGAUCCAGCACUGGAAACGUGACACGGCACAAAAAAAUAAAUCUAGAAGAUUUUAAUGGCGAAGAACUUUCAUGGUUACGGUGUACGAGAUACUGUCCACCAAAAUUACCAAGAAAAUCAAGCGCCGGUAAAAACCUCAAGAGAAAACCAGGGUCGCAUCCAAGGAUACCAUUUACGAAAUACCAACUCGAAGUUUUAGAGGACAAAUACAAAAGCAACGCUUAUCUAGCGAGAAAAGAUGUUGUUUACUUGUCUGAUUUAUUGCACCUGCCUCAAAGUAGAAUAAAAAUUUGGUUUCAAAAUCGGCGCGCAAGAGCGAGACGAGAAUCUCAAUCAAGUGAUCAGACACAUGCAAUCAAAUUAUAAUCA